GAGAAAUCAUCAAAAUAUAUUUCCAGUCUGCAGCUCUCUCUACUACCAGUCUCCAAUUAAUACUCGAGUUCACACAGAGUUUGCAGUGCACACCAUCCUAGCCAAUUCCACUUUGACUUGGCUAUGAGGACUAUCUGAUUGUUCUGCUAGCGCUAUGAUGUGGAUUGUAGAAUGUAGAUUGUGGAAGUCUAAUGUAAGAAGAGUCUGUAUAGUUUGGACCAAUCAUAGUCGAUGUAGACAUACCAAUCAGAUUGCAGGAAAAUCUGGCCCUGUCUGCCCUGACUCGUGCAACACACAUCACUUUCCAGACAUUUCAUCGAGCUAGAGGGUCGACAAAGCAGCUUGUCGACAUUCAGUAGAAUAUCAAGUAUAAGUGGGACAGCCACAGAGCCACAGUCGACAGUAAGAAAACUGAUUUUUCACCUGUUAAGUCAAACCAGAGAAUAUUCUGUGUUACGAAAAUGGAUGUUGCCUCUCCUCUCCAAUCUCAAGACAAGUUCCGAGAAAAGAGUUUCUUCAACCAGGUUCAAAGUUCUGAGACAAAUUGUGUUAAAGAUAUCAGUUCCUUGCCUUCAAGCAACAAAGAAAAUGAAAACCCUGAAGAAGCCCUUAAAGAUGUGAGUAUCCAUUCUGAAUCAACUGAAGAACUGAAGAAAGUAAGAAGCAUUGAAGAAGAGUUAGAAAAAAGCAUUGAAAAGGAUAAAGAGAUGGUUCUAACAGACUUAGAGUCAGAGAUGGAUCAAAUGGAUACAGAAGAAUUAGAGAAAAAGAUUGGUGGCGAAAAGGUUAAUUUCCAGGAAAAAUCUGACUCAACUUUUCCUCAUGAGAAAAGCUAUGCUGAAGGAUUUACUGACAAACCUCAGUCUAAGGAUGGUCCUGUACCUCAACCUAGUCCAGAGAUACAUAAUGAGAUUUGCCUUGAGGCAGUUGAUGAUAAUGAAUCAGAUGUAGAGAUGGAAGAGGAAGAUGAGGACAAUGUAAUGCCCCCAAGUAAAGCUGUUACCAAGGAAUUAAUGCUUAACCAAGAAGAAACAACACAGAAAGAAGCAGCGGAUGCGAUACUUGAAACUACCACCAUAGAUUGCAAUGAAAGUGAUUGCAGAAUAUUGUUAAAUACAAGAAGAUCUAAAAAGAGAACAACUGAAACUGUAGAUGUUGAUGCUGUUUCAAAAAAGAGGAAAGUUGACAGGAAACUAGCAAGUGGGGAUUCUCAAGUCCCAAAUGAUUUAAAGAAGAUAGUUAAAAAACUAUCUCGAGAGAAAUUGGAAGAGUUUUCUCUGGAACAGGUUACUAGAUUGUUUAAUCAUGAAGCCAAGAUUGCUGAGUUAAAAAGUAGAGAUGACAAAUGUAAGGGUGACAUAGCAUUUUGGAAGCAGCAAACUGAAACACUUAAAAAGCAGAUUAAAGAUCUUUCAAGUGUUGUCCGAAGGUAUUUGAUUGAAUCAAGAACCAAUACAAGUAGUAAAAAAACUGUAAAGCGUAUAACAAGAAGUGUAGGACUACAAGUGAUGCCUGGACAAGAACAAGCUAGGCCACAACUUAAGAGACCCGCUCUACCUGAGGACUCAAGACCAAUGAUUGUAAAGCAUGCUGCUGGAGCUUCUCAUCCCAAACUUAAAAUUGCAGUACAAACAAUUAAUCCGGGAGUAAAAAUCCAUGAACCAAAUAUCAACAAACCCCAGUCAGCUAACGUUAAAGCCAAAGUCAACCUGUCUCCCAAAAUUACUCCAGCACCCCAACCUGAGAUAGUUGAUCUGUCUGAUGAUGAAAGCCCUGCUCCUUCUGCCCAUGUAGCUGUAGCUUCUAAGAUUGACCGACCUUUACCUGGACAUCCGCAAACAGUUGUUAUUGUCAGAAAUACAGUUCCAGAACCCAGGCACCCAGUACCUCUGCUUCCAAACUCCCCAAAUCCUCACUUGCAGAAUCUACCUCCAAGACCAAUACUUAAAAUUACUAAAGGAGCUCAGGGUGUGCGGUUAAGUUGGAACAUGAACCUCAACAUAAAAGAUCAAGGACUCAUCUCAAGUUACCAGAUAUAUGCGUACCAGGUGUUCCUCCUCCCGACCCCAGAAUACAUCCCUGCAUCAUGCUUUAAAUAUUCGUUGAAAAUGGCCGAGUACCUAGCUUGCUGCAGAUUUUCUGAUGUGGGCCCUGAAACCUCCCUGGUUGGAUCUGUGGGCCCUGACACCUCCACUAAGAAGUGUGAUAUAUUGUUUAAUUGUCAUUGUGAAGGCAUAUUCCCAGAUUCUGAAAAUAAUCUUGAAUGCUGGAGAUGUGGUUUCUUGUAUCACGGGAGCUGUUAUGAACUAGAUCAGGAAGAAGUUUAUUCAGAUUUCUUCAAUAAAGGUGUACAUUAA